UUUUUUCGAAUUGUGUGUGAUUGUUUGUGUAGUGAAGUGAUAAUAAGGUCCAAUUAAAAUAUUUCUAUCAAAAUGUACGAGGUGCUUAUAAACGCUUAUGCAAAAACAAAUAAGUGUUUAACAAUGUAAUGGCAAGCAGAAUUGUUAAGAAAGUGAAGCGCGGUAAAAAGGAAUCAAAUUCUAAAGAUCACAUUCCCAAGAUAGUGGUCACUCCACCAGAUAAUCGAGACAUGAAAGUCCAAGCCAAGAGAUCAGAUAAUGCUAAAGAUAAUGUUAGAGAAUCCGCUGAAGCCUCGACCUCGCAAGUAAUGACCAACAAAAUGGCUGGAUUCAACGUCAAUCAAUUGAUAGCCGAGCUGUCCGAGAACUCGAAAGCGUCGAGAACCGAGAUAGAAACGAUACAGAGGCGACUACUGCAGCAGGCGAAUGAAAUAUUGAAAGUAAACGCUUUUGCUAAUCCACCCAACAUAGAUAACUCGCAAAAGUACACAAACAAACCAGUUUAUGGCAGAAUACCGAUUGCGAUACCGAGAAAUCCUAACGCAGUAGUAAACGACGUUGCUAAUCAAGUGGAUCUGAAGGAAUCGCGGGUGAACACGAGCGUGGCGGUUGAGAAUGAGCGUAGAAUCGAGCUGCAAGAAGCGCAGCUUGUUCCGGAGAGGUUGCGAGACAUUCCGGGGGAUCGUGCCGGUGCAGUGAUGAAUAGUGAACAGGGGAAUAUGCAAAGGGUCGCUAUGAUGGCGGCGGAGGCGGGAAGGAGCGCUUUUUUCUACGAAACGGGUUCUGUAGCCGGCCGCCUGCCGCGCUUGGCCGCCAGUGCGCGCGCGCCUCUGACAGGUACAGUCGAAGGUGGGCCUCCGUACAGAAUGCCGCCGGCGCCCGAGGCGGCGCUGCCCGGCGCCCCCGCUCCCUCUCUACCGGCCGCACUACAUACACAUUCCAACAAGUUCCCUAUAGAGCGCGAAGUGAUCCUAUCCUCUGGAGACAAGAACUCUAAAGUGCCUAUACUUCAGGAGGCGAGGAAGAGGGGCAGGCUCGGUGCCGUGGCUCCUGACACGCCACCAAAAGCACUCUCAGCUUGGACACACUCUGAGAACCAGCAGGCUGGCACGUCUGGGGACGGCUUCAGACAGUACCACGAGCAGUACGGGUACAUGAACCAAAACCAGGGAGCUGUGCCCAGGAAUAUGCAAAACUACGACUCGCCCAAACCUCCCAUACCAGCGAAGACCUACGGCAAAGUGGACACUCCGAACAACUCACAGCUUAUAACAGUUACAGUUGAAACUGGGAAAGACAACACAAGAGACGCCCCGAAGAGCACGAAGUCUGUCAGUAAAACGUACCACACACUCAAAGAUAUGAUCUCAAGCAGGUUUAAGAGUAAAGACGCUAAUGAUGGUGAGAAGAAUAAUGAACAAGAACCAAGUUUGAAUAACAGUGAAGAGAGAAAGAGACCAGAGAGGCCAGAGCCUGAACAGGUGACACCAAGAGAGAAUGGACCGAGAAAAGUAGAGCAAGGAAUAUAUGGAAGGCCUAUGACACAGACGAGGCCGGAAAUGCAGUACAGUCACGGAAUCGCCAAUAACAUGGCAUAUCCUAGUCCGUCACCACACAGACAACUGAUGCAGCAGCAACAGAUGGUGCAGUCCCACAUGAUGAUGAGUCCUCAAGCCAGGUCACAGGAGAUGCUGGCCAGUACACCACACCGACAGCCUCAGGCCCUGGGCGCUGAUGCAUUAUACCAGCAGUACGGACCUCCAGGCCGGAGAAGUGCACUAUAUCAAAGGGAUAUGGAAGUUCGGUCUAUGGCAAAUUUUACUUCAUUGAAAACUGGACCUCAAUCACAGUUCGACAACUCACAUUCAAGACCCGACCUCAGAAGUCCACAGCAAUUAGAAAGAGAGAUAGUGCGACGAGGCUUCGUGGAAGGAAGACGAGCGGCUUCACAUCCACACUUAUUAGAUGAGCCACAACACAGACCAGAGGUCACAACCCCUCAGAUACAUGAUCCUGGAAGGAGGAACUCACAUGGAAACCUUCUAGAUCACUCACCUAAUGAACACCCACGAAACGGUGAGGAACGGGAAUCAGAUGACGGAGGCUUCCGAGCAAGACUAGCAGCUCAGGGUAGAUCUAGUUAUGAAGAACGUAUUAGAACAAGUGGACGAUCAAUAGAAUCACAAAGGAUGCAGGACAACGUUUACAGAAGAACACCAGAUAGUCAUAAGGAGAGAAGAACUCCUGAUAGCCAUAAAGAACGAAGAACACCAGACAUCCACAAGGAACGUAGAACUCCAGAUUCAAUAGGACAUAAGAAGGAUGAACCUUCGACGUCACAAGAGAGGAAUGAUGAAAGUGCUAGUCAGAAGUCAGCUGAUAGUGUCUAUAACUCUAGUGGGAAGGCCGAAGCUUACAAUCCACAACCGUCGUCCUCAAGACAAACUCCGAAUAGAAUAGAAGAUCUCAAAGCACAUGGGAAAAAAGGAGCAGGAUCAGGGGCUAGCUCAGACUAUGACAAGAAUGGCGGGCAGUCGUCUAAUGUAGACUCAGGCCGAGGCAGCGUGGCGUACUCCAGUGGGCGGCGACCAGAGCCCCUACAUGAUACUUCAGCAGACUCUGAUGCACAGGGAACCAGGCAACCACAACCUGGAACCAGCCAACAGCCUCCGGGACAAAGUACUGAGAACGACUGGGUAGAAUGUGAGUUACGACACAUCUUGGAGCCGAAGCUGGCAGGCAUGCGAUUGGACUCAUCAGCUACAUCAGACACUUCGGUCACACCACCUUUACCGCCGCUAUCUCCAUCAUCAGAUAUGCAUAAGAGAAAUAGUCUUCCAGGUCGAUCAUCGGAGUACCCAGAGGAAAGACGUCGUGGUCGCGAGUCUCCACGGUGGCACUCUCAUAAGAAACACUCCUCCAAACGAGAUCACCAUUAUAAGAAACAUUUGUUCGGUCUAGACACCACUGAUAUGACGUCCACCACAACCAGAAGCUUAGACUUAUCGUCUCUUCUUGAGGGUCGGUCAGACAGCUCAUCAUCAGGAGACGCGCGCGCCAUCCGGAGGCAGUUGCGUGGCUUGGAGAAUAUGUACGCUGAAGUGCUGCAGCUACUCGGAGUCAGAAAGCCAGCCAGCCUUGCUAAACAGCCUACAUGGGAAUCUAGGUUAUCAUCGAAGCGUCGGUAUGGCAGUAUGUCGUCCCUCCCCUCCAGCUCAGUGAGCAGUCGGCCUGUGAGAGACAAGAGACGAAGUUCCAACGAACACAGGAAGAAACAUGACCUGAAGGGUAUAAACAAGCGGUUCCAACGCCUGGAGUCACACGUGGUGACGCUAGCGCGGUCAGUGGCACACCUCUCCAGUGAGAUGAGGACCCAGCACCUCGUCAUGCAGGAGAUGGACAACAUCAGAGCUGAGAUCGCAGCCCUCAGGCAUAUGUACAAGUCUCAACAGUACAUUCGUUCAGGCAGCCACGGCCGGCACUUAGACCCCUACUCGUUCAGCAAUCCUGACAGAGUGAAGCGGCUCACCAAGUUCUUCGGAGACGAGCCUCCUCUCAUGAGACUGUUCCUCAAGAAACUUGGAUAUGAGAAAUACGCAGCACUAUUGGAAAAAGAGAAAGUUGGUGCUGCCGAACUGCCCUACGUUGGUGAAGACAAGCUUCGAGCUUUAGGUGUUCCCUUAGGACCUAGAAUGAGGAUAUUGAAGGAAGCUGGCAUCCACCAGGACCUGCAUCACAUGUCCAGAGAUGACCAACAUAACACAACCACCACGCUAGCAAUCGUUUGAAAUUGAACUCUAUGUUAUUGAGUUAAGGACUACGUGUUGUUGAGAAGACUGAAUCUGUAUCGAAGUAGCUCAAUAAGGCGUGUAUUAUAGUUUGUAAUUAGCUGUAUUAGUGCUAGAUACUGUGAACAUAACGUUGAUGGAAUGAAAAUAGGUUUUAUUCUGUGAGGCAGAAAGUUACAAUUUCAAUGAUCCCACAUGUUACAGUAAUGACAAAAUUUUAAUUUGGAUUCGUAAUUUAAAAAAAAAAGAGAAAAAGAUUUAAUUUUUUUUUUUGAGAAAACUGGCGAAUACAGUGGCCUAUACUUGGGCGUCGCCAUUUGCUAGUUCUAUUAAAACGUUCCAACGAACAAUAAACAACUACUUUUAUUUUAAAAUUAUAUCAUUUAUCGAAUUUCUUUCUACGUUGACAUCAUUUGUAUUUACGGGUAUUUAACAAUGAACAACGAAAUCAAUACAACGAAACACGACAUUUCAAUUUUCCUGGUAUUUCAUAACAUAAUAAGAGCAUUAAAUAUCUGUUUAUGCGUUUCAAGUAUUCAAAACAAUUCAUUAUAUGCGUUAUUGUAUAUUCUUUAUAUAUUUUUGUCAUAUGCCUGGACACCAGCACAUAAAGCUAUCCCAAUCUAAGUAUUUUAGAUUUGCAACUCUACUCUUGUGGAUUACGGUCGAAAAUCUAUUGAAGAAAUUAGCCUGAUUGGAAUAUAUUGAUGUGAUGUGCGUCUGCAUGUAUUUGGCCUAACAACAAGAUUCAAAUUAUCUCAGCAUUCAGAAAGUAAAUACAAAGUUUUCAAAUGUGCAAAGAUAACUGUGCUUUAUUGUAGAGGUUUAAAGUCGAAAACAGCUUGAUAGGCCGUAUUAUUACUUAGCUAUAUGUGACUGAAAUAAUCAGAAGUUAUGUAAAGGUCUAUAAAAUAUCUAAAUGUAAACAGAAAGUAUUAUAAAACUUAUUAACUGCUGUACCUAAUUUAUUUCUAUAGGUAUUAUUUACAGUAUAUAAUUACGUAAAUUUUUGACAAUUAUAGUGUCAAUAAUAAAGCUAAGGCUUCGGAAAUCAUUUACAACUAGAAGGAAUUUAUUGGUAUCUUUCGCCAACUACCAUUUAUUAAAAAUGACAUUAAUAGCAAUUCAAUAUCGAUGAUUUAAAUGCAAAUUGAAACCGCUUACGUCAAAAACAUUCAACGAGGUUACUCGAUCAGUUUCAAGCCGCACUCAAGGCCCAUAAUCACGAGCAGCAUGCGCCAGCGCCACUCGCUACAGUUUCGAUCAAACUUGUUUUUGAACCUGACUCAGGUGAUAUUUAUAGUUCGUUUUAGACUCCAAGGCUAUGAAUACAACAAAUCCAUAUAACUUGACCUAAAAUAAUAUAAAAAAUGAGAUUGUAUGUAUGAGAUUGUAUGAGAUAAUUUAGUAAAAUAUAAUAAAGUACUCAGAAAUGAUAUGCCAAAGAGUUUUCUCGGCGUAUGUAAAAAUAUGUAAUAAAUUGUAUAUUAGUUUGUAAAUAGUAAUAUUAAUUAUAAGUUAAUUUAGUCGAUAGGUACAUGAACAACGAAUUGUAACAACGUACUCAAUUUUAUAGUAAUUUUAUUCCCUCUGUAUAUUUGAGGGAUUUUAUGUAAAUAUAAUAU